AUGUCCCAAAGAUCGGUGGACAGCACGGUCUCUUACUUGGGUAGGAGGCCAUUGAAGAAGGAGUUUGGUGACAUGGGAUACAAGACAACACGACGGGAUAUAGGGUGCCUGAUAAAAUCAUAUCUUUUGUCGGCGGCAAUGCUGAUGGACCUGCCACCGCAACGGCACCGGCAGCAGGUUUUAUGGUACGCGACUUGUCUGUGUACUUUGGGACGACAGCCUCCGCAGCACCGCGAACUGCAUCAAAAAUCUUACCAGCCGCAGCAACAGCGACUUCAACAAGCCAAACAAAAUCCAAAUCAAACACCGGUGCCAUAG